CCAACAUGUUUACUUCAAUUGUGGGGAAUGUAUUUGGCUUUAAAGCCCUGCGAGCUUUACGGCUAGAAGAUCUACGAAUACCUCCAGCUUAUACUAAAACCUUUCAAGGCCCACCUCAUGGCAUCCAAGAGAGAUAAAUUGAAUAAAUAUGGCCGUCCUCUGUUGGGAUGUACUAUUAAACCAAAAUUGGGUUUAUCCGCUAAAAAUUAUGGUAGAGCCGUUUAUGAAUGUCUUCGUGGUGGACUUGAUUUUACCAAGGAUGAUGAGAAUGUAAACUCACAGCCCUUUAUGCAUUGGAGAGACCGUUUCCUAUUUUGUGCUGAAGCAAUUUAUAAAUCCCAAGCUGAAACCGGUGAAAUAAAAGGACAUUAUUUAAAUGCUACUGCAGGGACAUGUGAAGAAAUGCUAAGACGAGCUUGUUUUGCUAAAGAAUUGGGAGUUCCAAUUAUAAUGCAUGACUAUUUAACAGGCGGAUUCACUGCAAAUACUUCUUUGGCUCACUUUUGUCGAGAAAACGGGCUACUUCUUCAUAUUCACCGUGCAAUGCAUGCAGUUAUUGAUAGACAAAAGAAUCAUGGGAUACAUUUCCGUGUACUAGCGAAGGCAUUACGGUUAUCUGGUGGCGAUCAUAUUCAUGCAGGUACUGUAGUAGGAAAACUGGAAGGAGAACGGGAGAUUACUUUGGGCUUUGUUGACUUAUUACGAGAUAAUUUUGUUGAAAAAGACCGAAGUCGUGGGAUCUAUUUUACUCAAGAUUGGGUUUCGUUACCCGGUGUUCUCCCCGUGGCUUCAGGGGGUAUUCAUGUUUGGCAUAUGCCUGCUCUAACCGAUAUUUUUGGCGAUGAUUCUGUACUACAAUUUGGUGGAGGGACUUUAGGUCACCCGUGGGGAAAUGCACCAGGUGCCGUAGCUAAUAGAGUUGCUCUCGAAGCAUGUGUACAAGCUCGUAACGAAGGCCUUAAUCUUGCACAGGACGGCAAUUCAAUUAUUCAACAGGCUAGCAAAUGGAGCCCGGAACUAGCGGCUACUUGUGAAGUGUUGAAAUCCAACAUGCAAAUUUGUGAGGAAUGCGGAUCUUAUUUUAAAAUGACUAGUUCAGAUAGAAUAGACCUUUUAAUUGAUGAAGGGACGUGGAAUCCUCUAGAUCAAGACAUGGUUUCUCUCGAUUCCAGUGAAUUUGAUUCUGAAGCGGAAUUGGAAUGCUACGAGGACAAUAUUAAGGAAUGGAAUAAGGAAAUGUGUCAGGCUUUCAUGCGCAAAUUAUCCAAGAACUUGAAGGAAGGCCAGGCACUGGAAAGAACUACCAACUUAAUUGAGGAACCUUGGCUCCCAGAAUACAUUCAACCCGAAGAGAAAGUGGAGGAAUGGACGAAACCAGACUUGGAUGAGGGUGAGGAAUCACAGGAUGAAGAGAGAUGGAUAUGGGAACUGGAUAAGGGCGAAGAAUCGCAAGAAAUUGAAGAUUCGGAGGCAAACGAAGAAGAUGAUGAGGAUGCCCCUUAUGUAGAGCGUCUGGCUUUUUAUAAAAAAGAAACAGGCUUACUUGAUGCUGUUCAAACAGGCGUAGGCCAACUAAAUGGUUGUCCCGUCGCACUUGGGGUUAUGGAUUUUCGGUUUCUGGCAGGAAGGGCUGUAGCACAAAAUGAACUUAUACGUGAUUGCCCUAUAGAUCCUAUAUCUCUCUAUCGGAAGAAGAAAUCCUGUAACGAGGGGGAUUCUUAUUUGUACAAGUGGUACUUCGAACUUGGAAAGAGCAUGAAAAAAUUGACGAUCCUUCUUUAUAUUUUGAGUUGUUCGGCCGGAUCGGUUGCUCAAGAUCUUUGGUCUUUACCCGGAAAAAAUGGGAUUACUUCCUCUGGACUUGUUGAGAAUGACUCUGAUCUAGUUCAUGGCCUAUUAGAAGUGGAAAGCGCUCUGGUGGGAUCUUCUUCUAUCCUUGAUCAGCAAUUUCUGUAUGAAUCGGAGUUUGAAGAAAGCCCACAACAGAUCGAGGAGGAUUUAUUGAAUCACAUAGUUUGGGCUCCUAGACUCUGGCGCCCUUGGGGCUUUCUGAGAGUUUCCUAUGAAGAGAAUGAUUCGGAGAGGGGAACCAUGCAAUACAAGACACGAGCCAAGGAAUUCAUUUGGGAUCCUACAGAUCCACUCUUUUUUCUAUUCAAAGAUCAGACCCCAGGCUCUAUUUUUUCACGUCGAGAAUUAUUUGCAGAGGAAGAGAUGGCAAAGGCACUUCUUACGUCCCAAAUUGAGCAUAUGUUUUUAUCUAAAAACACACGCUUUUUUAGCAACAAGACGCAAGAAAAGCAUUUCGAAUUUUUGAUUCAUCGUCAGAAAUGGCUUAGAACCAAUAGUUCCUUAUCCAAUGGAUCUUUCCUUUCUAAUACUCUAUCCGAGAGUUAUCAGUAUUUAUCAAAUAUGUUCCUAUCUAACGGAACACUAUUGGAUCAAAUGACAAAGACUUUGUUGAAAAAAAGAUGGCUUUUCCCGGAUGAAAUCAAAAUUGGAUUCAUAGGACCAUUAGAGAGGACCGCGGGGAGGAUCACCGGAGAGGACCGCAGAGAGGACCGCCGAAGAAGGCCACGGAGAGGACCACCGGAGAGGACCGCGGAGAGGACCGCCGAAGAGGGCUGCCGGAGAGGACCACGCAGAGGGGCCCGCCACUUCCAUCCGUGGUUCGGCAGAGGAAGUUGGAGCUCGCUGGAUCUAGUCGAAGAUGAAGGCCCGCUUGUUAUCGAUGAGGCUCGCCGGAGCAGGGGGAGCUUGAUGGACGAACUAGAGCAAUUGCGGCCGCUGCCAUCCGCGACUUGCCGGAAGAGUGGGAGCUCGUUGGAGGGCCGCCGCUGCUGUCUGUGGCUCGCCGGAGGGAGUGGGAGCUUGCUUCUUCCGGGCCAAGGUUCGCCUGAGUGGACAAUUGCUAGUAGUAUGGCUCGUUGGACCUGGUUGUGGACCGACGGAAAGAGUGGCUCACUGGAGAGGACCGAGAGUGGCUCGCUAGAGUGUUGGAUCGGCUCGCCUCAAGGAAGAGAGGCUCACAAGAAGCUUGUCUAUGCCAUCUGUGGCUCGCCUGAGGAAGGAGGAGUUCCUCGGAGACCCGCAGCUGCCGUCCGUGGCUCGCCAGAAUAAGUGGGGAGCUCGUCGGAGGGCCGCCGCCGCUGUCCGUGGCUCACCGGAAGAAGUGGGAGCUCGUCGGAGGGCUGCCGCUGCUGUCUGUGGCUCGCCGGAGGAAGUGGUAGCUCGUCGGAGGGCUGCCUCCGCUGUCCGUGGCUCGUCGGAAGGUGUGGGAGCUCGUCGGAUGGCUGCCGCCGCUGUCCGUGGCUUGCUGGAAGAAG